AUGGAUUCUAACGCCUCCCGCCAGCGACCCUCUCUGGGUCAAAUGCGUAGCAAUUCUUUCAUUCAGGAUCACCAGCAGUAUAAACCGCCCCUUCCGAUCAGCCAAAACAUCGGUGAAGUGCUGGGAACUCAGCUGGAUGAGAGCUUGGCUACCUUGACCAACCCGAUUCACCCUGAUCCGCAGAGAGUUCAGGACAGUGGUAUCAUUCACAGCAUCUUCCACAACCAUGCCAACCCCCUUCCGCAAGGCACUGCGCGCAUUGUCGCGACGCUCUUCUACAAAUCUUCCAAACCCGUCCACCCCCAUUUCCACCCCGCCGCGUCGUUCAAUGCCGCAACCGGCCAGACACUACAGGCACCCAGAGUUCCUGAAGGAUCCGCCCCGACGGACGAUAUGGAGAAGAUUCCGCGCGAACCCCCAGCGCCGGAAUCUGAACCGCUGGACCACCUGUAUGGACCGUACGUGUCGCAGCUCUGCUUGACUAACUUCCUCCAAACUCUUGAGCAACUCCCGACACCAUACCAGCGCACCAACACUUCACACCGUUGCUUAGACCGCGAGGACCAGCCUCGCGUAGUUGAGGUCACAUUUUCCCCGCCGCCGGACCCUGAAUACCUCUCCUUCGCAGAUCUGCGUAAGCACGAAAGCAUUUGGCGCUUCGAGCGAGAGUGGAACGUCGAAGUUGUUCUGCAAAAUGAGAAUGUCUUCCGCCGGCAUAAGCGCUUGGCCGUAUUUGACAUGGAUAGCACAUUGAUUCAGAACGAGGUGAUCGACGAGAUCGCCAAGUUUAUCGGUGUGGAGAAGGAGGUCUCUGAAAUCACCGCGCGUGCCAUGAACGGCGAGCUGGACUUCACCGCAUCCUUGAAGGAGCGUGUUGGACUUCUCAAGGGAGUCCCCGCUGACGUUUUUGACAAGCUCAAGUCCAUUUUGGGUUACAAGAUAGCCGUCCUGAGUGGAGGUUUCCAGCCCUUGGCCGAGUGGCUCGCUGAGCAGCUUGGAAUCGAUUAUGCCGUUGCCAACCAUCUCGAAAUCGACGAAACCACCCAAACCCUCACCGGACGACUAGUCGACUCCAAGCCCAUCAUCGAUGCCACCCAGAAGCGUGCUCUGCUCACUUCCAUUGCGGCCGAGAACAACAUCCCCAUCUCCCAGACACUGGCUGUCGGCGACGGGGCCAAUGAUCUCCUCAUGCUUCACGCAGCAGGCCUGGGCGUCGCCUGGCGCGCCAAGUCCAAGGUCCAGCUCGAAGCUCCGACCCGUCUGAACGGAGAAAGCCUCGUCGACAUUCUCCACCUAAUUGGUCUGGAUAACGAGGACAUCAUCGAGCUGGCUGCUGCAAAUAAAUAA